GAUUGAUGUUGGAAACAUAUUAAACAAUAAACAAGAACAAUUACAAGAAACUAAACUAAAAACUUAUUACUUUUCAUGUUAUCCAAUUCCCAUUAUCAACAUUUAAUUUGGCGGUCAGAUAACUCGUAUACAGCAUGUGUAUUACGCAUUUUUGAAGACGAUUGUAGAUACCUUUUUUUUAAACAUAGUUUUAUAAUUAAUUUUUGAAGUAUAGCACUUUCACAAUUCACUAAUGUUUUAUAGAUUAUAUGCAUGAUGAAUAUUAUAAACAAUUCAAAUGUAAACAAUUAUUCAUUAGUAACAUCUAAAAUUGAUGUUGACUUGGCAUUUGAUUUCAACUCCAUAAAUAAUGAUGUACAACAAUGUUUGGAUUAUCUUACUACCUGGUACUGUAAAAUCGGCUGUAUUCAAUUAUUUGACAAUGGUAAAAUUAGAGACUUAAGUACAAUAUUAUCUCAUGACUUAAUUAAUAGAUUGAUUGCAAAGCUACCACAAGUUGAUCAUACAAAUUAUAAACUUCAAAUAAACAUGGAAAAUAAAUUUAAUGAAGAACUUAGUUUGUUAUAUAAUUUUAAUAUAAAAAAGUUUCUAAUCGAUCUUAAACUACCAAAUGAUUAUGCUAACUUAGCUCGAGUGGUAUGCAAAUAUUUAAAAAAACCAAUAUUGUUUUAUUUUAACAUACCUGUAACAGAAAAUUCUUGGGACUUGUGGAAUACUUUUAGAAACAUGACCGGUUAUAGUCAACAACUUGGUAUAGUAUUGUGCCUCACAAAGUAUGUUCCGACUUGUAAUGAAAUGAGUAGAUGGAUUGGUGAACCAGUGCGUGCUUUAUCAAUUUGUACAGAUUUUUUUAUUUCAAAUCAAAAAGGGUAUCCAGUGCUCGGUAAACAAUAUGAAGAUAUUUUGAAAAUUGCAAUACAACAAAAAUGGAUUAUAAUUUUAUCAGGUGAACCAUUGCCUAACAUGUUAGAUUAUUUUUAUUACAUAAUGUUUAUUACCAAGAACAUAAUCAUUCCAUCCCCAAUUUUAGAGUGUGAUGAUCUCUUACAGUUACCCUUGCAACCACUUAGGGAUAACCUUAUGUCUUGUGUUUACCAUGUUUUUGAACAAGAUCCAGUUAAAUACACACAAUACCAAAAGGCAAUACAUAUGGCAAUAAUUGAUAAGAAAGUUAAAAAAAUAGUUAUCUCUGUUAUUGGUGCUGGUCGAGGUCCUUUAGUUAAAGCUAGUUUAAGAGCUGCAGAUUUAGCAGCUGUAGAUGUUAAAGUGUAUGCAGUUGAAAAAAACCAAAAUGCUAUACCUACACUUUUACAUUAUCAAAAAAACUUAUGGGGAAACUCUGUUGAAGUAGUUUUCAGUGAUGGUCGUGAGUGGGACUCCCCUGAGAAAUGUGAUAUAAUGGUUUCUGAAUUACUAGGAUCAUUUGGAGACAAUGAAUUAUCGCCAGAAUGUUUAGAUGGUGCUCAAAAAUGUUUAAAAGAUGAUGGUAUAAGUAUACCUUGUGAAUAUUCAUCCUAUUUAAGACCUUUAAUGUCCCAUAAGCUGUUUAGUCAAACUAUAAACAACAAUAAUAUCAUGGACGAUUCAUGUAUUUCAAAUUCAAAAAAUGCAGUAUUUGAACAAUCUUAUAUUGUAUUACAGCCCAACAGCUACAAACCCACUAAAACCAAAAAAUUAUUUACAUUUAACCAUCCUAAAAGAAAUAUAGAUAGCAAUUCACGGUAUAAAUGUCUAAAGUAUGAAAUAAAUUCUAAUAUGCAAUUACAUGGUUUUAGUGGCUAUUUUGAUGCAAUAUUAUAUAAAGACAUUACAAUAAGUAUAGAACCGUCAACUUACAGUGUUGGUAUGUUCAGUUGGUUUCCAGUUUAUUUUCCAAUUAAAGAUACCAUGCUUGUUCAAUCAGGUAAUAUUAUAAGUGUUCAUUUUUGGAGGUGUUGUGAUGAAUACAAAGUUUGGUAUGAAUGGUGCGUUACUUCACCAAAACAAACACCAAUUUAUAAUUGCCUAGGAAAAUCAAAUUCUAUUAAACUUUGAUGUUUUAAUAAAUUAAUUAAAUGGUGUUUCCUAUGUAUGAUAAGUUCUAUUAUAUAUUAUUGUAUAUUUUUAGUACUUUUUUU